UUACCUUCUACUUAUUUUAAUAUCUCUCUGUUCAGUUCCUAUCCCUACAUGCAAAAUAUAUGAACUUGGCCAAUCUUUUUUCUCAAUUUAGACACUUAAACAAGAAUGGCACAACUGCAUGUUGAUCUUUUCUUCUUUAUAACACUAGCUGUUCUUUCGUUAUUUGCUGCUGAAACUGAAGCCAAAGUCCCAGCGGUCAUUGUAUUUGGAGAUUCAUCAGUUGAUGCUGGAAACAACAACGUGAUUUCCACUGUUCUCAAGAGCAAUUUCCGGCCUUAUGGCCGUGAUUUCGAAGGCGGUCGCCCCACAGGGCGCUUCUGCAAUGGCCGUAUUCCUCCUGACUUCAUCUCUCAGGCUUUUGGGCUCAAGCCAUCGAUACCAGCUUACUUAGAUCCUAUGUUCAGUAUAUCAGAUUUUGCUACUGGUGUUUGCUUUGCCUCUGCUGGAACUGGCUAUGAUAAUGCUACUUCUAAAGUUUUAAACGUGAUACCUCUGUGGAAGGAAUUAGAGUACUACAAAGAUUACCAAAACAAGCUGAGAGCGUAUAUAGGCAAUGACAGGGCGAGCGAGAUAAUAAGUGAGGCCUUGUAUUUGAUGAGCUUAGGAACAAAUGAUUUCCUAGAAAAUUACUACACAUUUCCGACAAGAAGAUCCCAAUUCACUGUCAAGCAAUACGAGGAUUUUCUUGUUAGGCUUGCUGGGAAUUUCAUAAGUGAACUUUACAGUCUUGGAGCUAGGAAAAUAUCACUAACUGGAGUUCCUCCAAUGGGGUGUCUGCCAUUAGAGAGGACAACGAAUUUCUUGGGUCAUAAUGAUUGUUUGGAGGAGUACAACAAUGUAGCUUUGGAAUUCAAUGGAAAGUUGGAGGGAAUAGCGGCACAGCUGAACAAAGGCCUUCCUGGACUCAAAUUGGUGUUUACAAAAAAUGUUUAUGACAUUUUCUAUGAUAUUAUUAGAAGGCCUUCUCUAUAUGGAUUUGAGGUGACAGGAGUGGCAUGUUGUGCAACAGGAACAUUUGAAAUGAGUUACCUCUGCAAUGAGCAUUCGUUUACAUGCCCAGAUGCCAAUCGAUAUGUAUUCUGGGAUGCCUUCCAUCCUACUGAAAAAACUAACCAAAUUAUUUCUGAUCAGGUUAUCCCUACUCUUCUAUCUCACUUUCAUUAGUUAUGUACUUGAUUUUGAUUUCUUGUAUCUAUAUAUUUCCCUCAAGUUAUAUAUUAAGGUAUCCUAUCAACAAUGAUUUAUUAUAA